UGAAUCUUGCUGUGGCACUACAAAUUUAAAUUGGGUUGAUGAAAGAAUAGUGCAAAGUGUUGGUGACAAAACAGAGACAUAAUAAUACAUUAACGAUGAACACUACUUUUUCACAAUCUUCAAUCAAACCAGACAACAAACCUAAACCCCCUUUCAUGCCAGCAAAGGAUGACACCAAACCUGUUCUUCAAGACCCAAUACUAAGGUCUGAUCCAAUUGAGACAGAGGAAGCUGUGUUGCUAUUACCUCCAUUUUCAAUCCCCAAAUCAAAUUCCUCAUCUCAAAUGACCUAAAAUUGUAUUUUUUUAAGUUUGAAACUUUUAAUCAUUGCUAUGACCAUGUUGGAUAUUUGUUUUUUCUUUCUGUUUUAGACAAUUGGGUUUUCAUUUUUUAGGGUUUUAGUUUACUGGGUGAGUUUCCCUCACAAACCUAUCUCUUAAAGAUUGAAUUUUUAUUGUACUAUA